AUGGGCGAGCACACGGACCCGGGCAGUGGCAAGACGUUUUACUACAACCCCGGGACCCAAGAGAGUAGCUGGAGCAAGCCGGCGUCGCAAGCUCCGCUGCCGCCGCCGCCAAGACAGAAGUGGGAGGAGCACGUAGAUCGCGCUAGCGGCAAGGUCUUCUAUUUCAACCCGGUCACCCAGGAAAGCACCUGGACAAAGCCCCCCGGAUUUGGAGGGAUCCCCCCUCCUGGACCUCCUGGACCUGGACCUCCUGGACCUCCUGGACCUCCGGGACCUCCGGGACCUCCAGGCCCUCCAGGGCCUCCGGCCAAGUGGGAGGAGCAUGUGGACUCCGGUAGCGGCAAGGUCUUCUACUUCAACCCUGCGACCCAGGAGAGCACGUGGACCAAGCCAGCGGCGCUGAAAGCCCGAGAGAAGGAUCUGAAGUCCGGCUGGACCGAGCAUCGCGACCCUGCGAGUGGGAAGAUGUUCUACUUCAACACCGACACCAAGGAGACCAGCUGGCAGAAGCCGGAGAUGUCCGCGCCGGAAUGGACGGAGCAUAUCGACCCCGAGUCGGGGCGCACCUUCUACUUCAACCCGUCAACCAAAGAGACCUCCUGGUCCAAACCGACACCGAAAGUUGAGGCAGAUGAUUGGGAAGAGCACGCUGACCCCAGCACCGGCAAGCGCUUCUAUUUCAAUCGCGUCACCCAGCAGAGCAGCUGGGAUCCGCCAAAGUCGGGAGCGGCGGCAGCUGGGGCCUCGACGUUGCUGUUGAUGGCCUUCGACUUCGACUGCACCAUCGCCGCCAUCCACGUCUUCGAGGAGCUGGCGCGGCGGGGCUGCUACGACGGGCCCUCGCAGAGGCAUCGCCUGGAGCAGCAGUGCCGGGAGGAGCCCGGCUUUGUCACGCGGAUCUACGGCGGACCUUCGAGGUUGCAAGACCUCACCAACUUCUUUCAGAGCUUGGCGCACCCGCAGCGGCGGGUCAUUGUCAUCACCACGGGCUUCGGGUCGGUGGUCGGGGCGGCGCUCGAGAAGGGCGGCCUGCGGAGAUUCUUCGCAGAGGUCAUUGGAAGGGAGCAUCCGCUUUCAGAGGCGAAGCAGGGCCGGAAGGAGCGCAUCAUUGAGGAGCUGCGGCGAAGCCACGGCUACUCCGCGUGGCAGACUCUCUUUGUGGACGAUGACCCUGGCAACGUGGUGCCUGCGGCCGAGAUGCGGGUGUGCCGAACCGCUUGGGUGUCGCGACCCGUGGGAAUGGACACCAUCCUGUUGAGGCUGAUCCGGGAGGCGGCUGAGGAUGAGACCGGGUCAAAGACGCGUAGCAUGUUUCGGGAGGACCUCUCCCUGGCAGCGGGAGCUCCUUCUGCCGCCGCCGGCGCCCGUAGUUUGCGUGCUGCGGUAGAGGCGGUGCGCAGAGGUCGGUGA